GCGGCGCUGACCGAGCUCGCCGCCGGCCCGCAGUGCGGGAUAUUGAAGAAUGUUUGUUCCCAGAUCAUUGAAAAUCAAGAGGAGUUCUAAUGACGACCUCAAAAGCUGUGUAGGUAAGAAAAGUAAGCCAGAAGCUGAAGACCUUCCGCUGGACAGAGAUGGAAAUGUUCCAGUUCACACUCCAGUUACAAAAGAAGCUGUCACCGCCGUCGGGCCUGGCAGGGCCUCACCCAGUCCUUCUAGCCAGUUGGCUGAGGUUUGUUUGGUAGGACCUGAAGAGGGUGUGAAGGACAGUGUUUCUUCUGAAGAGCCUGUGAAGUCCUUUUCUAAGACCCAGCGUUGGGCACAGCCUGGGGAGCCUGUCUGUGUUGUGUGUGGUCGCUACGGAGAGUAUAUCUGUGAUGAGACUGACGAAGAUGUGUGCAGCUUGGAGUGCAAAGCAAAACAUUUGCUACAAGUUAAGGAAGAGGGAGAGUCCUCGAAGGCCAGCAGCCCGCCCAGAGCGGCUUCCGAGCCAGAGCCCCUGCUGGGUGCCGCUUAUGUCUACAGAGAGCAUCCCUUCAUUGUGACCCUGAGGGAGGACCAGAUUGAAACCCUUAAACAGCAGCUGGGAAUCUCAGUUCAAGGGCAAGAAGUUGCUAGGCCCAUUAUUGACUUUGAGCAUUGUGGCUUCCCUGAGACCUUGAAUCAGAACUUGAAGAAAUCGGGCUACGAAGUACCAACUCCUAUCCAGAUGCAGAUGAUCCCUGUGGGCCUUCUGGGGAGAGACAUUCUGGCCAGUGCAGACACUGGCUCGGGAAAAACAGCUGCUUUCCUCCUCCCCGUCAUCAUCCGAGCUUUACUGGAGGAUAAGACUCCUUCGGCACUCAUUCUUACGCCGACGAGAGAAUUAGCCAUCCAGAUAGAGAGGCAAGCCAAGGAGCUGAUGAGCGGCCUGCCGCGCAUGAAGACAGUGCUUCUCGUGGGGGGCUUACCUUUACCCCCACAGCUGCAUCGCCUACGACAGCACGUGAAGGUUAUCAUAGCAACCCCUGGACGACUUCUGGAUAUAAUAAAACAGAAUUCCAUAUCACUCGGUGGCAUAAAAAUUGUGGUAGUAGAUGAAGCUGACACCAUGUUAAACAUGGGCUUUCAACAGCAAGUGCUUGACAUUUUGGAAAACACUCCUGGUGACUCUCAGACUAUCUUGGUUUCUGCCACGAUUCCAGGCAGCAUAGAACAGCUCGCAGACCAGCUUCUGCACAACCCUGUGAGGAUUAUCACUGGGGACAAGAACCUGCCCUGCCCCAGUGUGCGGCAGAUCGUCCUGUGGGUGGAAGAUCCAGGCAAAAAGAAGAAGUUAUUUGAAAUCUUAAAUGACAAGAAGCUCUUUAAGCCUCCAGUGCUAGUGUUUGUGGACUGCAAGCUGGGAGCAGAUCUGUUGAGUGAGGCAGUUCAGAAAAUCACAGGUCUGAACAGCACAUCCUUCCACUCAGAGAAACCCCAGGUGGAAAGGAGAGAUAUCCUGAAGGGAUUACUGGAAGGAGACUAUGAGGUCGUGGUGAGCACGGGGGUCCUGGGCCGAGGCCUGGACUUGGUCAACGUCAAGCUGGUUGUGAAUUUUGAUAUGCCUUCAAGCAUGGAUGAAUACGUUCAUCAGGUUGGCAGAGUGGGGAGACUCGGUCAAAACGGAACUGCCAUUACUUUCAUAAAUAACAACUCUAAAAGGCUCUUCUGGGAUGUUGCCAAAAGAGUGAAGCCCACAGGGUCCAUUCUCCCCCCACAACUGCUGAACUCCCCUUACCUUCAUGAGCAGAAGAGAAAGGAGCAGCAGACAGACAGACAAUCCCAGAGCCUGGUCACGGGGGCCAAUCUCAUGGACAUUAUCAGGAAGCAUGAAAGGAGCGCUUCACAGAAGUGAGCCGGUAUGCCACUCUCGGUAGACUUUAUUAUUUAUUAUCAGCAGAAUCGCUAAUAAAGUAAAAUAAACAUG